CCGGGAGACUGAGGGUGUGGGGAGGAGGAGAGAGCAAGAAAAGGGCAGCUGCCUGGAGAAGGAAGUGAGAGAGAAAAAAGGGGGAAGAGGAGAGGCAAAAGGAGGCAGAAACAGUCUUAGGUCAAAAGAAGAAGGCCAAGGAGUAGACAGGCUAUGAAAUGGCAUUGCUCCUGUGGUUGGGGGCCCAGCUGUCAUCUUGCUGGAGCAACAUCUCUGUACUGGGAGUUUUUCUUACAGUCUUUGCUUUACUUCUUGACUUCAUGAAGCGGAGGAAGAAGUGGAGCCAUUACCCGCCAGGCCCUGUGUCGCUGCCGUUCAUUGGGACCAUGCUGUACAUUGACUUCCGCAACCCCCACCUCUCCUUCAGCCAGCUUCAGAAGAAGUUUGGAAACAUCUUCAGUCUCCAGAACUGCUGGACCAACCUGGUAGUACUGAAUGGGUAUAAAACAGUGAAGGAAGCCCUGGUCCACAGAUCGGAGGAUUUUGCUGACCGGCCAUAUGUUCCAAUAUAUGAACAUAUGGGCUACGGAGAGAAAUCUGAAGGGAUUAUUAUAGCAAGAUACGGACAUGCCUGGAAGGAGCUAAGGAAAUUCACACUCUCGACCUUUAGGAACUUUGGGAUGGGAAAGAAAUCCUUGGAGGACCGAGUGACAGAGGAAGCAGGAUUUCUGUGCUCUGCAGUCAGUUCUGAAAAAGGUCGUCCUUUCGAUUUACGUUUUCUUGUAAAUAAUGCAGUCUGCAAUGUGAUCUGCACCACCGUGUAUGGAGAGCGUUUUGACUAUGGUGAUGAGACAUUCAAGAAGCUGAUACAUUUGUUUGAAAAGUCCCUGAAUGAAGAAGCUGGAUUCUUGCCUCAGCUUCUUAACGUGGUGCCCAUUUUGUUGCGCAUCCCUGGAGUGCCACAGAAAGUCUUUCGAGGGCAAAAGGCGUUCAUGGAUUUCAUAGAUGUGCUUAUAAAUAAGCACAUGGAGACCUGGAACCCUGCUUACAUUCGAGAUUUCAGUGAUGCAUUUUUAAAGGAAAUGGAGAAGGGUAAGGUGGCUGAAGAGAGUGGUUUCAACUAUAACAACCUUCGUCUAGUGACCGCAGACUUGUUUAUAGCUGGUUCUGAGACCACCUCCACCACUCUCCGGUGGGCACUUCUGUACAUGCUUCUCUACCAGGAAAUACAGAGUAAGGUCCAAGCAGAGAUUGAUAAGGUGAUUGGCAGAGAGAGAUCACCCACCAUGAAGGACCAAGUGAACAUGCCCUACACCAGUGCUGUGAUCCAUGAAGUGCAACGCUAUGGGAAUGUCAUUCCUAUUGGACUACCUCACAUGACGUACCGGGACACUGAGUUGCAAGGCUUCUUCAUUCCCAAGGGGACAACAAUCAUCAUCAACUUGUCUUCUGUGCUGAAGGAUGAGGCAGUCUGGGAGAAGCCAAACGAGUUUUACCCUGAACACUUCCUGGAUGCAAACGGGCAGUUUGUGAAACCAGAGGCCUUCCUGCCUUUCUCAGCAGGUCGACGUGCCUGCCUGGGGGAACAGCUGGCCAGGAUGGAGCUCUUUAUUUUCUUUACCACUCUCCUGCAGAAAUUCACCUUUGUGGUCCCUGAGGACCAGCCCAGGCCACGGGAGGAUGGUCACUUUGCCCUCACAAGCUCUCCACACCCAUACCUGAUACAAGCUGUCCCAAGAUAAGUGCACACCACUCUCACUCACAGGCCACCACCGACACAAACUGUCAGAAAUGUUGCAGGUGUAGGAAGGAUAAUGCCAGGUUCUGGUCAAGACCUCUAGAGUCUGUGCAGAUGUCCCCAGCUGUGAACGUAAAGAUCUGACCCAAUAUAUGGCUUAGCUUAAUUCUAGUCCUGGAUCUUGAAUCAGCCAGUCAUAGCAAGUUACGAAUGACGAUCAAGUUUGCAAGUACAUAUAUGGCUAAUCAGCCAGCUCUGCUUUACUUUGGGCUCUCAACAGUUGCAGAAUCAGUUCACUGAGCACACAGCUACUGAUAGAAUUAUUAGUUCUGAAUUAGUUUACUGAAAUACAAGGGUAUCCUGGGUAAAAGACAACUCUGGGGUCUUGCCAGUUCUAGGAGCAGAAAAACUUGGAAAGAUCUCCUGGCCCACUCCCUUCCUUGUCAGCCCCAAUACAUACCCAGCCACACUCCGCCUCCCACUCAGUGCCAUUCCACAGCAGUGUGUGCCUCUACCUGGUGCCAGGGGAGUCCAGCUCUGGCUGGGUUCCUGAAAAAACAGUCCAGGGUCACUCAGCUGAUAUGGCAUGUGCUGCUGAUGGGCAGGACAAGAGCUUCAGCUCCAACAGCAUUUAAACUGCAGUUUCAGAGCAGUGCUCCUGGAAAAUCUUACCAUCCUAUCCCCCCCAUUCCAUCCUGUUUAUUGCAUACUGCCAACCAUUGCACACAUAUUGCACUGCCUUCAUUUAUAGCCCCAAAGAAAGUAAGUUUUCAUCGUGACAACCCUUAUCUCACACUAUGCCUCCAGUAGGAGUAAGUACCAAGAAGGAGCACAUAAAUAAUCUAUAUGGUGUUUCAGCCACAGAAGCAGGUCAUUUGUGAAAUGCAGAAAUGCCUAUAUUUCAGAGAAAUCCUGAUGUUUAGAUUAGAUCUCCUCUAAUUAGGUCCUGAAAACUGCUUUUUUUGCAGUGUUGCAUGAAGUCAGCUCUUGGGCAGGUUUGGAACUCACAAAGGGAUGGAGUUACACUGAAAGAGAACAGCUGUAGAUUUCAGAGCUACCUUUCCCUUUCUUCCUGCAAUAUUUCUAACAAAUUGUUUUUAAAGGUGUCUUAAGAUAUGUUGAUGUUUAGAUUAGUAGUAGCUAAUUUUUAAUGACAUGGUGGAGAAGACCAUACCAUAAAGGAGCUUCUACACAUAACCACAACUAAAAAAUAAAACCCUCUGAAACUGAGUGCAUGGGUGUGCACACAUUCGUAUCUAUCUUUCUAAUAGUAAUUUUGGAAGCUAUGAAAGCUAUUGAAUUAUGCAAAUAAUUAUUAAUAUAGUUAAAAUUUUUACUUCAGCAGGAAUGGCACUUUUAUGGUUUUCAUCUAAAAAAUAAUCUGAAAGAAUAAAAGUGAUCUGCAAAGUC